AUGGCGCGGGCGGGGGUCGGCGAGGGCGCGCCGCUCGUGACCAGAGCGCACUUUCGCCACACAGCCGAACGCGCGGCGGCCGAGGCGCAGCAACAGCCGCAGCAACCACAGCAGGGGCCGGACCCCCAGGAGCCGGAGCAGCCAGAGGCCAGCGAGGUUUGCUACAUGCGCCAGGAGCCGCUCGACGACUCGAGGGUGCAAUGGCCCGACUGCGGCCGCGUCCCGCACUGCUUCCACGCGGCCUGCCUGGCCCGGUUUCGCCCUCUCUGCCGCGGACUCGCACACCUGCGGAACUCGGGCGGCGAUUCCAGCCGGGUAGAGGACGCAGCGUGCCCACUCUGCAACCACAGGUGGGGCGACGGCCCGAACUCUGCCGCGCGGCUCGGAGCUGGCGGGCCACCUUGGGAUGCCGCUGCCUGCCUUGCCGGGGAGUCGCAGGGGCCGGCACCGCACGCGAUCGCCAUGUGCCCGCGCCACCCGGAGCGACCCUUGCGAUGGCGGCACUCGCGCGGGCCAGAUGGGCUGACGGGCAGCUGGGAAUGCGCCGCCUGCGAUGUCGCCCCGCUCGGUAGCGAGGUCCCGCCGCCGCUGGGCGAGAGGCCGCCGCAGUGCCAGGGCAAGUCGAGUGGGUCGCCCGGGCCAGCGGGGACGCCGGAGGGCCUUGGAGGCGGCAGGGAGACUGGCACUGCGAAAGCUGCGCCGCCACAGCGCUGCCCGAGCCAGAGGCCGCACAGCCGGAACGGCCGCCAGAGCCAGGAGCAGGAGCUUGACGGGCAGGAAGCCGCCGCGUGGCGACAGCACCCUGCCACAGCACACUGUUGGGAGAACGCCGCGGCGUUCCUCCGAGAGCGGCCGCCCGCCGACGUGUCCGCCUUCCGCGCGGCGAGCCCCCCGCUGCCGCAGGCUCUCGGAGACGGGCUGCACGGGGACCAACUGGGGCUGCCAGCGGUGGUAGGGCCCCUUGCCGACGACAGAGGAUACGCGCAGCCGAUCGCCCAGGACAUCGCGAUGCAGAUCUUCGGGGGGGGUAUCGGAGGCGGGCGACGAAACCGGCCCCCGGCGCAGUCUGCCUUCCCCGACGCCGCCUGGGCGCUUCUUGACGCAGUGGACUCGGAGGCCGAACCGCGCCGGCGGGUGCCGUGCAUCCGGGCGCCGCCAGCUUUCCUCCGCGGCCGCCUUCGCCAACUCUACCACACGGUCCUCGAGGAGGUCCUGCGCGCAGACGCCCUUCCUGGCGACGCCGACGGGCUGCAGAAGGUGAGGGCUUGGAAGCUCCUGGUUCUCAUCUGGCGCAUGCUGCUGCGACGGACCGCGAGCACUGGGGCGCCAGGGCGGCGAGAGCUCGAAGCGCGACUGGAGCAGUUCGAGGGCGGCUCCUGGGAAGCGCUGCUGGCCCCAAGCCUGCAAUGGCAGCGGCCUCCGGGAGGAGCGCGCGGCGCGGGCAACGCCGAGGCGAGGCGCCAGCGCCUCCUGGAAGACGCGGUGGCGCUGGUCAGAGCAGGAGGCCUCAGCAAGGCGCGGCAGCUGCUCGCCUCGCGCGGGCUGGCGCCGGGCACGGCGGAGACUUUGGCAGAACUGCGGGGCCCCGCCCGGCGACCGCCGAGGCCCGCCGCCGACUUGCCGCCUGCCGCCCGAGCCUUCCAGCUGGCUCGGCCAGUCGAGCUCGACCGCCGCAUCUGGACCGACUGCGUCCGCUCCGCCCCGAAAGGGUCUUCCUCCAGCUCGCUGAGCGGAGCCAGCUUUGAAUUGCUCAAGCUGGCCUUGGACGAAGACGAGACGCUAGAGCUGCAAGCUGCCGUGGCGGAGCGCUACGCGCGGGCCGAGAUCCCAGCGAGCGUUGCCCGCGCCCUGGGCACAGCUGAAGCAGAGAGGCUCUUCCAAGUGAGCUCGCUGCCGCUCGGCCUCGGAGGCCUUGGACUCAGGUCAGCCGCGCGCGCGGCCGAGUGCGCGUACUGGGCGUCUUGGGCGGACGCGCUCCCCAUGUUGCGACAAAGAAACCCUACAGCAGCAACGAAGCUCACCGCCGCCCUCCGCGCCGGGACGGGCGCCGCAGCCUCGUGCCUCCAGGAAGCUGGGCGCGCGAGGGCUGCCGCCGCCCGCGACGGCUUUGCGACGUGCCCAACUUGGCAGGAGGUCUGGGACGGCGCGCGCCCUGAACAGACAGAGCCAGAGCCGGGCGAGUGGAAGCACGGAUGGCAGCACCACGCCUCAGCAGCCCGAGAGCGGCGCUACAGGGAGGAGGUCGUUCUCCCGAGCCCCACAGACGACCAGCAGUGGAUGCUCGACUCGCAGGGAGGCCGCUGCGGCGGACGGCGCCUGGCCCUGACCCCCUCGACGCCAGAAAGCACGUUCACGCCAGAGCGCUUCCUGGCACUGCUCCAGAGACGGCUCCGCUUGCCGCUGGACGCCACGGCAAUCAGGUGCAACGAGCGCUCCUGCCAGGCCCACUUGGACGAGAGAGGCGACCACUUAGCAGCUUGCCCCCGCUGCGGACGCCUGCUGAAGCGCGGCGCUCCCAUCGAGCGGAUGUGGGCCCGGGUGUACCGGGAGGCAGGAGGCCGUGUCCGCACCGACGUGUUCCUGCGCGACAUGAACCUCCCCGGCAUUGCCGCCAACGACGGGCGCCGCAUCGAGGUGGUGGCCAACGGCCUCCCUGCCUACCACGGCAGGCAGCUCGCCAUCGACGCCUGCAUCGUCUCCCCGCUGAGGGCCACCGGCAGGAGCUUGCACGCCGACCUGCCGCGCAGCCGCUCGGGGGGAGCAGAGGCGGCGCAGCAGGAGGGGAGGCGACGCGCAGGCGGAGCCAGCAGCACGGCCGCGCCAGAGGCCGAGGAGGAAGAGGCGGCAGAGGCGGAGAAGGAGGCGGCAGCGGCAAAGGAGAAGCACCGCCGCCGCCGCGACGGCGCCCCGCAACGCCGCCACAACAACGGCAACCGCCAGCACCACCGCGACGGCGACCAGCAGCACCAGCAGCAGCACCACCGCCAAGACGAAGACGAGCACAAGCGACAGCACCGCAACCAGCGGCGGGGCAACGACGGCGACCACUCCUACGGCUACCGCGGACAACGAGUCGGCGAAGCCAGCCACCCAGGCCCCCCCGGGCCAGCCGACGAGCCGCCGGGCACGCCGGAACGCAGAUCGGGAGAGUCUGCCCCGGUACCAGCGCUCGCGGAGACGCCGCCGCACAUGCUGUCGGCGCCGGAAAGGUUUGCCACGCCAGACUCGCGGGCGGGCGCGCGGUCGGCCUCACCACCGCCACCGCCACCGCAGCUGAACCACUUCGCCAGCAUUUUCGGCGCCUGGCCGGCAGCGCCCCCUGAACCAGAGGGAAGGCGGUGGGACUUCUCGGGCCUCUCCCUGCCGCCAGCAAAACGCGAGGCGGCCGAGGAGCAGCGACAGCCACCGCAGCAACAGCAGGGGCCAGACCGGCCAGACAGGGAGGAGUGCGCCAUCUGCCAGACGCCGCUCGAAGGGGACACCGUGACGUGGCCAGCUUGCGGCCAUGUCCCCCACCGCUUCCACGCAGCGCGCGCAGCGAGGCAUCGGCCGACACGGGCGGGCCUGGCCCACUUGUACCACACAGGGCCAAUCGAGUGGGUCGCCAGGGCCGCCAGGGCCACAGGAGGGUCGUGGAGAUGGCACGGGGCCUGGCUCUGCGAGGGCUGCGCCGCCACGCCGCUUCUGGAGCCAGCGGUCGCUGCCCCUGCGUCGCCGCCCGCGACAACAGCAGACGCAGGAGAUCCUCGACUGGCGCGCCCCGAGCAGGCGCCCACCGCCGCAGAGCAACGGCAGCCUGGCCGCUUCGCCGGGUGGCCUCCCCUGGCGGGCCCACUACGAGAACGAACCAACUCACGCGUGUACGUGCCCUUGCUGUUAGCAGCGGCGGGGCUGCUUGACCAGCAGGAGGCGGCGGGAUGGAGCACGCACCCGCUCACGCACGACUGGUGGCAGCCGACAGCGGAGGCCUUGCAGCAAGCGGACCCCAUGCCAGCCGAGACCUUCGCCCAAGGGCUGGAGCUCGCAGGGGAUAGCCCAGGGACGAUAUAUGCCGUGAUCGCCGCUGGGGGCGGAGCACGCCCUGGACACGUGCACCUGCCGCCUGUGGUCAGAGCCCUGGCGGACAGCGCUGGCUACAUCGACAACCUCGCCCAGGACCUCUUGCUCGAGCUCUUCGGGGGGGUCGUGCUGGCGCGGGGGGUCGACCGGCGCGCAGACGAGCUCCGCGACCCGGAGCAACUCCUGGAGAGGUUCACCCGCUUCGAGGCUGGAGACUGGGCGCAGCUUCUGACAGAAGCACAGCCGGGCCCGCCGCGCAGGCCGCCCGAGCGAGACGCGAACGGGCAGAGCAGGGCGCCCGAGGCACGACGGGGCCGGGCGCCAGACGAAAACGAGGAGCUCCGCAGCCGCUGCGAGAGGGCCCGCGAGCUGAUCCGCCUCGGCGAGGUCUCGGCGGCGCGGCAAGCGCUGACAGCGAGCGCGGUGGCACCAGGCACACAGGCCACUCUGGACGAACUCCGGGACCCGGCACGCCGCCUGCAGCAGCCGAGAGAGCAGCUCAGCGAGCGAGCCGCCCGCGCGCCGCCGCAAGGCCUCGCCAGCCUGGAACCAGACCGCCUCCUCACGAACGUGCGCAGGAGUCGCCGGGGCGCUGCGCCGGGCCCCUCAGGGAUGACGGGAGAACACUUGCAGACGCUGCUGGACGACGAGCACUGCUGCGACCUCCUGCACCACGCUGCCACGCUCCUUGCGAGGGCGGAAAUCCCUGGCCCCGUGGCAGAGGCCCUCCGGCUCGGCCGCCUCGCGGCGCUGCGCAAGAGCAACGGGAGGGUGCGAGGCAUCGUGACUGGCGACGUCUUCAGGAUACCACACGUCGGGGACCUGCAAUCCUCGUGGCUCCUGCUCAGCCUGUACGCCAACCCCCGGGCCAACUUCUUCCUGAGGGCGCUGGCUCCCGAGGACACGGCCGCCUUCGCCGCAGCGCACGACGACAACCUGGCCAACGCGCUCGCCGACUUGCUGGAACUCCCGCAAGAAGCUGUCGCAGAAGGCACGUCAGCGCGCCAACGCUGCCAACUGCCGCUUUGCCUGGGAGGGCUCGGCCUGCGAAGCGCGUCCAGGACGGCGCCGGCGGCCUGGCGGGCUUCCUGGGCAGACUGCGCGCAGAUGCUCCGCGAACGCUGCCCCGAGCUCACAAACCAGAUCUGCGCAGCACUGAACGAGCUGGACCGGGGCCCGCUGCCGGCUGCUCCCGGGUGCUUACAACAAGCCAGCAGGGCAAAGGAGCACCUCUCGGCACACGGCUUCGCCGCGCCCAACUGGCACGACCUUGCGCAGGGCGCCCGGCCACCGCCGACGCACGAACGGGAGCACGGCGAAUGGGCGCACGGCUGGCAGUUCUGGGCCGCCAGAGUCUUGGAGAACACAGCCCGACAGCAGCUCCUCAACGCCUCCACGCCACUGGACCGCGCCCUCCUCCGGGCAGGGGUGCUCAAGAAGAGAUCCAUCCCAUUGGAGAAAGCGGCUGCACGUAUCUGCCGCGAGGCCGGGGGCCGAGUCGCAGAGAAUCAGCUCCUGCGAGACCUCAACGUGGACGGCGUCGACCCCCGCGACGGGCGCAAGAUCGAGGUCAUCGCGAACGGCCUGCCGCUCUGGGAGGGAGCGCAGCUGGCGAUUGACGCGACCCUGGUGUCGCCAGUCCGCGCCGACGGCACCGCGCAGCCCAGAGCCGCGGACGAGGACGGAGUCCAGCUCGCAGUCGCGCGCGGCCGGUGGUCUGAGGAGGCGCUGACCUUCGUCCGGCUGCUCGCCAGGACCAGAGCCCGCAGCGCGCCGCAGCGACUCCGAGCGUCGGCGCGGGCGGCGCACCUACACCGCUGGACAGGCUUGGCCGCGGUCGCGGCCCAGAGGGCGUUCGCGGCCACGCUGCUGGAGUUGCCGCCGCACACCCUGGCCGUCGACGGGGACGAGCCGCACCUCGCCGACCUCCUGGCGGACGCCCGCUACACGGAGAC